UGCAAUUUUGUCCACGAGUCUGAAUUUGUUUUCCUCGCUUUCGGUUCUGUUCACACGACGUAAAACAAUGAUUUCCCGGAUAAUUUCCCGACAAAGAUUCCGUAAAAUUCUGCAAGAAGUACCACGCUACUAUGCGGGAAUUCAUCAGAGAGAUCCGUUGAUUCGGCUGCCAACACAACGAUUGAACGAUUUAAAGCAAAAGCUCGCUGAUAGUCCACUUCCAUCAGAGAUCGAAUGGAGCGAAAUACGUAAGAGCAUUUUAGAUGAACGGCGAUUCACAGCAACCAACGUAGACAGUACAGUACUUGGACUCUGCAAUACGCUAGAAAAGGGAAAAUCCUAUGUGGAAUACUUGCGAACCAAAGGUAUCGAUGUCAACAUGGCAAUAAUCUGUAGACUGCUGAGACUGUAUCGAUUGCAAGACAAUAGCGGGGAUCAUUUGAGCGAGCAAGAUCAACAGGAUAUCUUGAAAAUUUACGCUGAUCUCAGGAAGGAAAAUGCUGUGUUGGACCCAACAACUUGUGCAAACUUAAUUGGCGCUCUCACGCUUACCAAACAUUGGCGGGAAUCAUUUGAACUACUGAAUAUGAUUAAACUAACUGGGGCUCCGGAUAGUUCAACUUACAACUACAUAAUUCAAAAGUGCUUUCUCACUGGCGAUCAUGAGAUGGGAUGGACGCUGCUAAAAGAGCAAACAGAAAACAAACGGCUUCCGAAUGAUUACGUAUUUAUGGCAUGGUUAGAGUACAGCCUCAGCGCUGGUCUUCCUAUUGCGAAUAACAUAGAAAAAAUGCUUUCAUUCACCAGCGAUUCAUCAAUCUUUCUGUCGAAAAAUGUUGGAGCUGUGCUAAAACAAUUGCACCCUAGGACAGGUAUUACCGCCCAUGAUGCCAAAAUUACAGAAAAAGGUAAAUGCUCGCACUGCAAAUCUACCCUAGCUAGUAUUGUAGUCCAGGAACAUUCAUUCCGUGCUUUGAAAGAUGCUUUCCUGAAGGCUGUGAUAAUCAAAAAAGAAAUAUUCAACAAAACCACACCGGAAGAAUUACAGCGGUUUCAGUUAUUUAUCGACAAAACUAAACCGUACGAUGUAGUAAUCGAUGGUUUAAAUGUAGCAUUUUCCACUGGGAAUCAAAAAUCCCCAGCCGUUUAUGCAACGCAGAUCGCAGCGGUGGUAAAGCAUUACGUGCAGCAAAAGAAACGGGUGUUGGUAAUCGGUCGGGAACACAUGGGUCGUUGGCAGUCAAGGGAAAUGAAAUACAUCCGACAGAAGAGCUUACUUUUUCUCACAGAAGACCUUUCUCAGGACGAUCCGUUCCUGCUUUAUGCAGCGCUUGAGAGUGGCCCUCAAACGGAUUUUUUUUCUCGUGAUCUAAUGCGAAAGCAUUCCUUUCUGCUGGGCAGUGAACUGGGCACUGUGUUUAAACAAUGGCAACAGCAGCAUCAGUAUGCAUUGCUGACAAUUACACCCGAAGGAAAAGUUCUUAUAAAAUCACCCUUUCAGUACGAGCUAUACGCCCAUCGGCUACCGGGAGAUUCGAAGCGAUGGCACGUGCCACUGGUGGAUGACUGUCAGAGGCUUCCUAAGGUGGAAAAGCAAGCUAACUGGUUGUGUCUGAAGAUUGAUUAAUAUAAGUGUUGCGUCAGUCUUUGCAAGAGUGGUUUAGUUA